AUGGGGGAGACGAUUAGAAUUGCUAAAGAAUUUGUUGGACUCUACUGCCUCCAAACUAAAGCGUCAGAGGCGGAACCCAAGGCUAACUCUUGUGCUAUGGUACCUACACUACAAGAAAUAUUAAAAUUACCGACGGUCAAAAUCCGUCGUAAUAAUAAAAAUCCGUCGGUAAAUGAAUAUUACCGAUCUGAAUUCGACGGCCAAAAAUCCGUUGGAAAUUAG